UUUUGGGCAAUUGGGGCCUCAUUUGAGGCUAUUUUAGCAUUUUUUGUUAUGUCAGCAGGUUGGGGAUGGCGUUGGCUUUUAUUGUUAAGUUCUUUACCUUUGGCACUUUUUUCUAUUUCUUGUCUUUGGUUACCAGAAAGUGCUCGUUAUCUUGUAGCUGCUGGAAGGCCAGAUUUAGCAAUUUCGAGUUUACAAAGAAUUGCUAAAUUAAAUAGACGUUCUUUGCCUCCUGGAAGGUUAAUUGAAGGGAAUAAAGCAACAAUAAAUGGACGGGGGAAAUUAACCGAUUUAUUUUCACCAACGCUUGCCGGAACAACUUUUAGGCUUUGGAUAUUGUGGACAGUUAAUGCUUUUUGUUAUUAUGGUAUUGUUCUACUAACAACUGUACUUUUCCAAUCUGGGGAUGAAUGUCAUGGCGGAAUAUCAAAGCAAAUAAAUAAUUCAAUAAAUAACUCAGUAACAGAAACCCCAAUAAUUUUAGAAUGUAAACCUCUUCUUAAAAAAGAUUAUAUUGAUUUGAUAUCAACAACUUUCUCAGAAUUUCCGGGUUUAAUUUUAACUGCUAUAUUAAUUGAAUGGUUAGGAAGAAAAAGAACAAUGGCUAUGGAAUUUGGCGUUUUUGCUUUAUUUUCUUUUCUUUUAAUUUUUUGUGUUAAAAGGUAUUGGUUAACUACUUUUAUUUUUAUUUCUCGUGCAUUUAUUUCUGGUGCUUUUCAAUGUGUUUAUGUUUACACCCCAGAAGUAUAUCCAACAACGCUCAGAGCUUUAGGCCUUGGGGCUAGUAGUUCUAUGGCUAGGCUUGGAGCUAUAGUAACUCCUUUUAUUGCACAAGUUGCUUCUGGGGAUUCUUUGUUGAUUCCCAUUAUAACAUAUAGUUGUGCAUCCCUAAUUGGUUUAGUAACAGCACUUUCUUUACCAAUAGAAACAAAAGGAAGGCAAAUGAUGGAAACACAUUAA